ACUGUUGUGUUCUUCUUGACACAUUGACUGAACCCUAACUGCACUCAUCUCACUCUCAAUCCUUCACUUGUCAAUGGCUUCAACACCUUCCAAUGCAAAAGCCAAACUACGAUCCCAAUCGAAUGCAAAAGCCUCACCUGCCAUAACCCCGCUCACUCCCCAAACCCUACCUACUCGCAGAUCCACACGCGCCAAGUCCCUCCUCUUCGAUUCUCCCAAACCUCCCCACGCACCUUCUGAAAAUUCACUUCAAACUCUGAAGGGAAUCCCUCGUCGAUGCAUCAAUUACGGUGAGGAUUCUAGCAAAGAAAAACUCACAACCCGCACAAGUGCAGCUAGAACAAACGGUUCAAUUGAUGCAUCGAAGAAGCGAAAUGGGAAGGUUUCCGUCGAUGUUUCGCUCGCUCCGGCAUCGCCUGAACAAUCUGAGAAAACCAAGAAGAGGAAGAGGGAGGGUGAGGGAACGGUUGUUACUAGAGCUAUGGCUGCGAGAAGAGGGGAAUCGGCGAAUCGGGGAAAGAGGGCGAGAUUGCCCGAGAAGCGUGUAUAUUACAAAAAAGUGGUUUACGAUGGGGGAGAAUUUGAAGUGGGGGAUGAUGUUUAUGUGAAGAGGAGAGAAGAUGCUAGCUCUGAUGACGAAGAUCCCGAAGUGGAGGAGUGUAGGUUGUGUUUUUUCUCCGGCGAUGAGAUUAUGAUUGAGUGCGACAAUUGUUUAGGUGGGUUUCAUUUGCGAUGCUUGACGCCGCCAUUGAAGGAUGUUCCUGAAGGGGAUUGGGUAUGUGGAUUCUGUGAGGCUAGUAAGAUGGGUAGGGAUGUUAAUUUUCCAAAGCCUCCUGAGGGAAAGAAGCUGGCUAGAACAAUGAGGCAGAAGCUUCUUUCAAGUGAUUUGUGGGCUUCUCAUAUUGAAAGUAUAUGGAAAGAGACAGAUGGCAACUAUUGGUGUCGGGUGCGGUGGUAUAUGAUCCCAGAAGAGACUUCUGUCGGGAGACAACCACAUAACCUGAGCAGGGAGCUAUAUCGAACUAAUGAUUUUGCAGACAUUGAGAUGGAAUCUGUCCUUAGACAUUGCUAUGUCAUGAUCCCCAAAGAGUAUGCUAAAGCUAGCGAUGCAGGAGACGACAUUUUCUUAUGUGAAUAUGAAUAUGACAUCCAUUGGCACAGCUUCAAACGUCUUGCUGAUAUUGACAAUAAAAGAGAGACUGACAGUGACGAAGAUUGGAAUCUUGACAAGGAAUCAGAUUCUGAUACAGAUGAUGUUGAAUAUGAAGAAGAAAAUAUUAGAAAUGCACAAUUUCAGCCAUCAACAAACCAUCAGUUAGCUGCAAAUCUGCACAAGGGACAGUUCUUUGGACUUCAGAAGAUAGGCACAAAGAAAAUUCCUGAGCAUGUAAGGUCUCACAAACAGACAGAUCUUGAGAGAGCAAAGGCUACUUUGUUGUUAGCAUCGCAGCCUAAAUCUUUACCUUGUAGAAAUAAAGAAAUGGAGGAGAUAACUACAUUCAUCAAAGGUGCUAUUUCUGAUGAUCAAUGUCUGGGGCGUUGCCUCUACAUUCAUGGUGUUCCAGGAACUGGCAAGACCAUGAGUGUACUAGCAGUAAUGAGAAGUCUGAGGUCAGAAGUUGAUGCAGGAAAUAUCAAACCCUACUGUUUUGUGGAGAUUAAUGGUCUGAAAUUGGCAUCACCAGAGAAUAUUUAUAGGGUCAUAUAUGAGGCAUUAAAUGGGCACAGGGUCAGCUGGAAAAAGGCUCUCUACUUGCUAAAUGAGAGAUUUGUAGAGGGGAAGAAAACUGGAGAAGAGGCUGACCGGCCAUGUAUUUUGCUUAUUGAUGAACUUGAUCUUCUAGUUACCAGAAACCAGUCGGUUCUGUAUAAUAUUCUUGACUGGCCUACUAAGCCACAUUCCAAGCUAAUUGUGAUAGGGAUAGCAAAUACUAUGGAUCUUCCAGAGAAGUUACUUCCUCGUAUAUCAAGUCGAAUGGGCAUACAGAGACUUUGCUUUGGCCCAUAUAAUUACCAGCAGCUUCAAGAAAUAAUUUCAAGUCGCCUCAAGGGAAUUGAUGUCUUUGAAAAGCAAGCUAUAGAAUUUGCUUCAAGAAAGGUUGCAGCAAUCUCAGGAGAUGCGCGUCGUGCGUUGGAGAUAUGCAGACGUGCAGCUGAAAUAGCGGAUUAUCGUAUGAAGCUAAUUUCAAAUCCUGAUUUUGGAAAUGUUGGAAUGGCAGAUGUUGAAGCAGCCAUUCAAGAAAUGUUCCAAGCACCUCAUAUUCAAGUUAUGAAAAGCUGUUCUAGACUUAGCAAAAUUUUCCUAACAGCUAUGGUGCACGAGCUUUAUAAAACAGGAAUGGGAGAAACCACUUUUGAAAAGUUGGCAAUGACGGUUUCAUGUCUCUGUACCAGCAACGGAGAAGUGUUUCCUGGAUAUGAUACUCUCUUGCAAGUUGGCUGUAAGCUAGGCGAAUGCAGGAUUAUUUUAUGCGAAGCAGGUGCCAAGCACAGGUUGCAAAAAUUGCAGCUCAAUUUCCCGAGUGAUGAUGUGGCCUUUGCGCUGAGAGACUGCAAAGAUCUACCUUGGUUGUCGAAGUAUCUAAUGUAGGAAAGGAGAAUUGCAUUCUGUUCUUAAAAGAACAAUUUUGCCC